CAAAAGCGCCAUUUGUAUGCUUAUCUGUGCAACGUUUUUAAGUUCCAGGAUGUGAGAAAGUCUGAACAUGGUGGCAAUUAGCAAGUUUUAAAUUUUCUUAACAACCAUUCCAGGUCUGGUUAUAUGUCUUUUAGGAAAGCAAGAUGUAUUCUUGUGUGGAUAAUGGAAAUGAAAAUUCAGAGACUGAAAACAGGAAAGACUGCAGUAAAAUUUCCAAUGAUGAAGUUAUAAAUCUAUUUUAUAGUAUUUUUGCAGAAUUGAAAUGUGAGUCCAAUCAUAUAUUAAAAGCAGAAGAUUGCAUACUAGAUAGAAAACAAAAAUUACAUAAAAUCAUUUGUUCGAAAUUGAGGUUUCCUUGUGGAAGUGUUUUAAAGGGAAAUUAUAAAAAAGGUAGUUUUAAGAUAGAGGUGGUAAAUGAUGUGGAAGAAGAUUUGCUGGAAAGAAGAUGUGAAUCACACAACCUUACAUAUGAACAUGUAUUUGAAACCUAUGAGAACUUGGAACAAAAAUUGCCUAGAGUAGGAGUUCAGGAACGUAUAAAUAAACUCGCACAAAUUUUAUGCCAAAAAAUUGGAGUGCAAGAGGAAAUUGUUGAUUCAAAUAAUCUGCAACAUAAAGUUUUAAGAAAUAGGAAGUUUCUGAAAAGAUUAAAAGAAAGCAACGAAAGCAGUGAAACUGAUAAAGCGCAAAGAAUAAUGAAAACAGUUUUCCUUCUUCCUGUUAGAAAAAAGAAUUUGUUGAAAGAGUAACAAAGUAGAACAGAGAAUAUUGACUUGGCUUUCUUACAAUCCCAAAAUAAAGAGCUGACCAAUGGGUUACUGAUUGAUGUAUUUAAAGCUGUAAAUAAGGACAUUAAAGAACUCCGUAGGGUGUUGAGUAGUCAGUUUACAAAACUUCAAUGUGUCAAACUUAGUACACUUGGUACAACAGCAGUGAAAACUAUGGAUGAGGCUAGCAACUACAUGGAGCAAGGGCUUCAUGGAGAGUUGAAAACAUUUUUGAAUUUACCUGCCUUUAAAUCACUUUACUCAGUUGAGUCAACAGAGUUCUGUACUCAAGUGGUAAAAAUAAACAAUAACAAGAUAACAGAAGAAAAAUGUACAGAAAUACCGGAUAGAAAAUGCAUAUCAUAUAAUCAAUUGUCCGAAACUAGGGAUCAGGAUGGUGAAGAUUCAGACACUGAUAUUGAUGACCAAUACAAAUCUGACAAUAUUUCAGAAGAAAAUGAGAAACCAGGUCUGAUAUUAGAUGUUCAAGAUGGUGAUGAUAUAGAAGAUGGAAAGACAAAUAAGAGAAAGCGAAAAGCAUAUGAUAAUGCUUUCAAACUUCGUGCAGUAAAAUAUGCUGAAAAUACUAGCAACCGAGCAGCUGAAAGAAAAUUUGGUAUCGCUGAAAAAUUGGUGCGUGACUGGAGAAAGUCUAAGGAUGUGAUUUUACAGAAACCAAGAAACUUUAAGAAAAAUGUCACAAAACAAACAGCUCUUGAUAUGAUAGAAAAAGAUUUAUGUAAAUGGUUUCUAUUUUAUCAAAAGAAAGGCGUAAUGCUUGGUAAAAAAGAAAUAAUGACAAAAGGAAAAAUGUUAGCGAAAGUUCAAAAAUACAAAGUGAACACUUCGCGGCAUUUGUUUGGGAAAAGAUGGUGUGAUAGAUUUUUGAAAUCAAAUAGUCUUGUUCUCUGUCGCACUAAAGGGAAAGGUAAAAAGCUUAACAUAAGUCAAAGUCUUUCAUGUUCCAUGGAUGAAAUUGUUGUGGAAGAUAAAAGUUUGGGAGAUGGUGAAGAGAAUAAAAUUAAGGAUAUUGGAGAUUGUGACUCCGUUAAAACAGAACCUAAAGAAGAUGAUGAUCCAGAAAGUAUUGAUCCUCAAUCAUCAUUACACAUGACUGAUGUUUUUGAAAUAGAUCCGGAGAAUAGUAUUCAUGCUGAAAUUAGAGAACUACAUAAAACUGAAGAAGUUGAGAACAGUAAAGGGCUAAGAGUUAAAUUGGGUGUUGUUGCAAAUAUGUCGGAUAAUGUUGGUCAUAAAAGUUUGAUAUCCGACUCUGAAGCAAAGGCAGCUCAUAACUCUGAUGUUUGUGAUAAUGUACAAUCUGAACUUGAAACUGAUAAAAAUCAAUUGCUAGAAAAAAAGACUGUGUCUAGGGGAAAAAGGAAACGCUCCUAUGAUAACAUUGCAUGCACGUCGCACAGCAGCCAACAUGAUGAGACAUCUGAGAAUACCACAUUUUCAAAAAUUAGGAAAACUGAUGCUGUUAAAGAUGACUUGGACCAAUCUGAAACCUCCCUCCAUAAAGAAAGCAUUGCUAAAGCAAUAGGAACAGAUUUUCAAAAGUUUGAGGAUGAUUUGUUAUCAUGGAUUCAAGAAAAGCAGAAAGAAAAACUGGAUAUUUCUGCAGAAUUAGUUGCAACAAAAGCAAAGGCAGUGUAUAAGGAUAAAAAGUAUGGUUUAGACUCCUGUGCUGAUAUGAUUUCAAAUGCUUGGGCUCAACAAAUUUUGGAAAGACACAAUAUAGUUGAAGGAAUUAUGGAUACCAACCUAGAAAACCCUGAUGUAAAUAUUGAUAUUCCUCCAGAAUUACAAGGAAUACCAAAAAACAAUGAUAAUGAAUCAGAAUUCACCGACAUGCAAGAUGAAAGAGAUAAAAAAUCAGCAAGACAGUCUUAUGAUAAUGCAUUUAAAAGCAUUGUCAUAAACUUUGCUGAAAGUUCAAGUAACAUUUUUGCAGCGAAAGUGUACAAAAUUAGUGAAAAAAAUAUAAGAUAUUGGCGAAAAUCCAAGGAAAAAAUUAUCAACGGUUGUAAGGAUAGAAAGCGGUUCGUUCCAAGAACUUCAACGUAUAAUGAGCUAGAAAAGGAUCUAGCUUCAUGGUGCAAGAAUAUGCAUAAAAGCGGGAAAAGGUUAUUGCGAUCUGCAGUCAGAUCAAAAGCAAGUCGGUUAGGCAAGGAAGGAAAGUACAAAGUAGAUACGAGUCAGUUUCGGGCAUCUAAUGGAUGGUGCUCACGAUUUUUGGAAAGACAAGGUUUGACUUGUGAAAAUGGCGCAGCUCACAGAGGUAAAAACCUGCAGGAAUUACGUGCCUCAAACGUUGUAACAGCUGAAUCUUUUGAUGAGUACAAGAAUGAUAGUGAUGAAUGUUGGGAAGAAGAUGAUGAUAAUGAUGAUGAUGAUAAUAAUGAUAAUGUAUAGAUGCAAAUUUGAUUUUGUAACAAUACCAAAUCAUGAAUUGCAGUGCUUCAGGUCUUCAAUGCAGACUUAGUGUAAUGUUGUUAUCUAAGGAUUUACUGGAAUUAUCUUUGUAAAUACAUGUAUUACGUAAAUUAAGAAAAGUAAGAUAUGUUUUUCCAGGCGGUUAAAUGCAUUUUCACAUGAAAACAUUCUGGUAUAUUUUUUAUGCAAAUGUAAAUAAAAUUAUUUUUCUUUUUAUAAAUUUUUGUUACCUUGUUUAUAAAAUAUUAUUUUACAGGAGAUAUCUAUCUUUUUAGGACAGAUAAAAGCUUGAUGUGAUUAAAGCUGGAUGGAAUUUGUGUAUUAUUA